UUGAAUUCUACAGCUGUGAACAAAUGGCCUGCUGGGACAUACGGGAUACCACGUGCCCAAUCUGGCUGUCCAUCGUCCUUUGGAUUCACUUGGCGCACUGGAUGGCGUUACCAAGAUACAUCAGACUUUUUCCCAAGUAAUAAACACUCCAACAACUUCCAUUUAGAUGCCAGUGUGGACAAAAAUAAUCUGAAACGAGCCUUUUGUAUGAAAACGGACAAAGCUAAAGACGAGUCAAGACCACGUUGGCCCAAAGGUAUAAGCUUACUCAAGCAAAGAAUAGCUGAGUAGAAUACGCUAACUUUGUUACUUUUCUCGUCACAUGUGCAAAUGGUUUAAUAUUUUUGUCUUCUCGGAUAAGUACGGAAAACCGCAGGCUCCGUCUCACAACACUUCACCGGGUCUGACCUUUGUGGGACGCUAAAAAACCCACAACCACAAAGGUGAUGUUCGAAAAGAGUACGGGACGUAGUCCUUGGUCAGGUUGGUUUCAACUGGGACGCAAGUCUUGUUCCAUCCCCAGUUACCGCGUUGACUUACCAGGGCGACUUUUUCAAUGAAUUCAAUAAGGUGGUCGUUGUGCUUGUCGAGGUUCGACUAUAAAGAACUCUUGCGGGAGUCGAAAUCGUGUUAAUCUCCCAAAGUUGUCAGCAACUUUAUUCUUCUCCGAUAUUCUUGUCCCAUCUGUGAUCAUUUUUAAAAUUCUGAUCAUUAGAUCGUGAAGGCUAGAAGAUCAAAAGGAAUGAACACCCCAGAUGACUUCCUCGCUCUCCUGCUUUUACAAGACACACUUACCAAUUUAUGUUUUCUCUUCUCUUAUCUAAUUUAAAGGCAAAUACUGCAUUUACAAGAAGGGCUCUUGCCCUACUGGAUUCCAAAACGGCUACAUUACUUGGGAUGACGAAGACUGGUUUAACAAGAACAACAAAGGAGGUAUUCUUCCCGACGGUGUGUAUGGCAGUAACACAAAAAUUUACUACUGCUGCAGAACAGACGGAAAUAAAGUGGAGCCCAUUGAGCUUCCGACCAUCAAACCUUUUUUUCUAGUGGCUUAUGGUUCUGCCUCUUGCCAGCAAGUAAUGUGGGCUCAAGCUAGUUCGGAAUGGAUUCGUUUUGACACUGAAGAGGAUGACGACGGUUACGGAGGGGUGUAUCCUUACGGGGCAGGGAUGAAUGACCACACCAUUCACUACUGUUACUAUUCAAGUGAGUAGAUAUUUCAACUGCUGGAAGUUGCAAUAAGCUUACCUACCGCAUACCAAAAAUGCAAGUAAUAUUUUUAACAGGGUUGCUGGGUAAAUUUUCAUCAGUGGCGCAAAAGAAAGCACGGAAGACCUGGUCUCUCUAUCUGCCGUUUUUGAAUGCGUGUUCAAAUUAUUAUUAUUAUCAUUGUUAUUAUUAUUGUUAUUAUUAUUAUUAUCAUUAUUUGCUCUGAAUUUCUCCAAGCCUGAUCAGUUAUAUCCGAAACGCACCAAUGACAUUUAAGAGUCUUCACAGCCAAUAAAAACACGGCUUAAGUGACAGACGGCCAAUAACAUCACCACUUAAUUGACCAAUCGGGUCAAUAAGCAGAGUUUAAUACCAUCAAUGACGUGAUAUAACUCACUUUGACUCUGAAAACGACUACCGCAUAGAUUGUCGAAACGUCAGUCACUGUCAACAACAGUCCUAUUCAGGACUACGUUCACCCGGACGAUCAUACUCCACCUUACUUAUGAAAUGACUCCGGGGCUCUUUUAUAUCAAACAAAGUACAGCCUCAAAGCCGGCUUAAAAAGUAAUUGUAGGCCGUAACCUUUUUUUCUCUAACUACUGCAUUGUAUUUAGACCACAAGUUAUCUCACAUUUUCCUUAGAUAGCAACAAGCAAAAUUACAAUCGAGCGCUUGUGUAUUUCGCUCGAUCUACGUUUUACCCCUGAGACACAGCGUGUCCUCUUUUAGUUUACCGCCGAAAACCAGAGGGCAUAGUUUAUUUGCGUCUAAAGCAAUAUUCAACAGUUUCCUUGUUGUUGAUGAUGGUUUUGUUCUUUUAUUUUGUCAGGUUGUAACUAUACAUUGACUUCAUCUAGUGGCUCGUUCCAGUCUCCCAAUUAUCCAAAUUCUUAUCCGGCAGGCCAGUACUGUUCCUGGAGGAUAAACGUUCCCGAGGGUCUUCAGGUAAAUAAAACGCUUAUUACUCUGUUACUUUGUAUUUGUUUGAGACCCUUUGGUAAAAGUACAGUUAAUUCGCCACUGUUGAAGCGAGAAGGGAACUUUUUUUAGAUCGGUUUCAGUUUCGGUUUUUUGCGUCCUUUGCAGUUUUCGGUUUUCAGCCAUUAUCAAACAGCGGCUGCGCAGUUUAAAUCAGAAAUAGAAUUCUAGAAGUAGGGGAAUAAUUUGAUGGUGUAAAUUUCUCAACAGCUCCAAGAUGGCCAUUUUAUGUUAUGAUUAAAGACUCAAGGGAUCUGCUAAGGGAUGACUACAGAUUCCACAGUCAUCAACGCUUCGUGUCUCUGAGAUGGUCUGUUUUAGUUUCAGAGCGUGAAAAAGGUUUAUUUAGCCCCUGUUUUAUUUGCACAAGUAUGAGUAGGAGAAAAUCCUGAGAAUGAGGUUGGCAGUUGGCGUGACACGAAUAGGGAGUUUAAGCGGCAACGUUCUUGAGCGCCGAAGGAAGUGAGCCUUUUUCUCUUUUAAAAUACCUUGAAGCUACCAACUUUGUAUUGCUAAGUUUCUUUGCUCUUAUAGAGACGAUUUGCCAAAAAAAUUUGUUCAAAAUCACGUCUCAAGAGUGUAACAAGUCCACUUUCCGUUUACGUGCGUCGCUCGCGAGAAAACCCCGUCGCUGCUUAAACCCUCUAAUAUUCAGAACGAUCUUUGUGUUCUAUGAAUUUAUGUAUUCUAGGUGGUCUUGAGGUUUCCUGAAUUCACACUCCAGAAAGGAAUUAACACGGACAACGUCCAAUUGUUCGACGGACAAAAUGAGACUUCACCCUCUCUGGGUGUGUACUCAGGUGACAAGCUACCUGCACCUUUUGGAGUACGAUCAUCAUCUAACGAGAUGUUCGUCAUUUUUAAGACUGAUAACAAGAUUAAUUUUCCUGGAUUCAAGGCCUCAUAUUUCGCACAGAGGCCCACACGUAAGUAUAAAAAUAUAACAACAUUUACAAAUUUCAAAAUGUGGAAUAUGAAUUUUAGGUGAAGAUGGAAUUCGUAUAGAAAGUCGAAAUGCAUCAACUCAGUGUCUUUGUUUGUAAGAGGAAAAAAAUACCCAAGCUUGGAGCCGCAACUCCAUCGCUUGCGAGUUAGUUGUAACUUAGAAAGAAUCGUCAAGAAAUAAAAACAAACCAACCAAACAGUAGAUAUUUGCAGAAGGUGACACUUGACAGUUUCAAAAAAUGAUAAACCUGUGACGCCCUUAGUGUACAACAGACGUGGUUAAUGGAUAAAAAUCGAUAUCAUCGAUUUUAAUCGAUUUAAUCCGCCGAUUAAUAUUGAUUGUUAUCGGAAAUCGAUAGAAAUCGAAGUCAAAUAAAAAAUAAUUUAUCGAUUAUUACCGAUUAAUAAAAUCGAUAACAAUCGAUAGGAUCGAUAGUAAUCGAUAACAAUCAACAAAAGAUCAUUAUCGAUUUCUAUCGGAAAUUCAUCGAUAUUAAUCAAAGUCACAACUUUUUUUUUCUUUAUGGAUUUCUGUCGAUCGAUAUUGGAAUGGAUAUUCAUCGAUAAUUGAUAUUAAUUACUAUCGAUGAUCGGUUUAUCGAAUAACUACGUCUGGUGUGCACAAAACCUCCCUCUGUAAUAUGCAAGAGUGGAAGCAACCUUGCAUAAUUGAACUCUCGUCGAAUCGAUUUUUUCUCGACUUCUCUGUUUAGAACCUCCAUCAACUGUAACAACCGCCUCGAAUGUUUCCAUGACGACCUCUUCAACAACCGUGUCCACCAGUACUACGAGAAAACGUUUGUCAACAAAGCCAACCUUUAAAACUACUGUUAGCAGCAGAAGCACUCAGACAUCAGCACCAACCGCCACAAAGACAACCCACUCCCAGACUUCUACACAGAUACCUUCUUCACGAACAACUGCCCAGACAACUAAUUCCGAGACGACGGCACAGAAAACCCAUUCUCCAGUCACUGCUCAGACGACACAUGUCCCAACUACUGCAGGUAAGACCCCUGUGGGAACUACUGUACAAGGAACCAAAGCUACCACCGCAUUCAAAAGUAAAACAAGCACAACAGCCACCGUUAAGACCUCGACAUCCAAAUCCUCUCCUAGCACAACCACCUCUGCUAGCACCAUAGGUCGUACAACAGGGACUGAAAACACUACGAAGCCUGUUACAAGUCAAGGUAUAACAACCAAAAGCUCAAGCAAAGGAGUCUCUGUAACUACAGGUAAUACUUUUCUUUGA